AUGAAAGUAAUCACACCUCGUUUCUCUGGAUCUUCCUGGUUGGCGCUGAGCGCGCUCCGAGGAGCGUACAAGCGCGUGCGGGUCAGGAUACGCGUGCGACCUGAGCGUGCAAGAGGCGUAUUACUGCUUACUGGAGAGCACGAUGAUCUGUCUGGAGAUUACUUGGCUUUGAUGCUGAGGAAUGGCCAUGUGGAAUUAAGGUAUGAUUGUGGCAGUGGUGCCGGCAUUCUGCGGUCACCAGAACCAGUGCGGCUUGGUCAUUGGAACACCAUCUCAGUGUACAGACACCGAUGGGAUGCGUGGCUGAGACUCAACAACGGGAAAAGAGUUCGAGGAAGGUCUAAGGGCCUUUUCUCUCGGAUGACGUUCCGCGAGCCAGUGUGGGUCGGUGGUGCGGGCAACACAACUGGUCUCCAGAGCAAGCUGGGUCUGUCCGACGGUUUCCUCGGAUGCGUCGACUUCUUGAGAAUAAACGGCGAUACGUACCAGCUGAUGAAGGAUGCGGUGGCUACUUUGGAAAUUUUUAAAACACCACAGAAACUGAGAUACCCUAAAGAAGUCGUAGCGAAAAACAUUGAAAAGUAA